AUGAUGAAGCGGAUCAUCUGGGUGAUAUCAGGACUAAACAGAAGAAUGAUGAAGCUCCUAUUCGCUCUCGCUUUGAUCGCCUACAUUGCCUCUGUCUGGGGAACAUACACAAACAUGAGAUCAAUACAAGAACACGGCGAAAUGAAGAUUGAGCAGAGAAUUGAUGAAGCUGUGGCUCCCCUCAGAGAGAAGAUUCGAGAUCUAGAGCUGAGUUUGUCUCAGAAAUAUCCUCCUGUGAAAUUCCUCUCAGAAAAGGAUCGAAAGAGAAUUUUGAUCACUGGUGGUGCCGGCUUUGUGGGCUCUCACUUGACUGACAAACUGAUGAUGGAUGGCCACGAGGUGACUGUCGUGGACAACUUCUUCACAGGGAGGAAGAGGAAUGUCGAGCACUGGAUUGGCCAUGAAAACUUUGAGCUCAUCAAUCACGAUGUGGUGGAGCCUCUCUAUAUUGAGGUGGACCAGAUCUAUCACCUGGCGUCUCCGGCCUCUCCUCCCAACUACAUGUACAACCCCAUCAAAACCCUCAAGACCAACACCAUAGGCACUCUCAACAUGCUUGGCCUGGCCAAGCGUGUGGGUGCCAGACUUCUCCUGGCCUCUACUUCUGAGGUGUAUGGAGACCCAGAGGUACAUCCACAAAAUGAAGAGUACUGGGGACAUGUGAACCCCAUUGGUCCUCGAGCCUGCUACGAUGAGGGCAAACGUGUAGCAGAGACAAUGUGUUACGCCUACAUGAAGCAGGAAGGAGUAGAAGUGAGGGUGGCACGAAUCUUCAACACAUUUGGCUCCCGAAUGCAUAUGAACGAUGGCCGUGUUGUCAGCAACUUCAUCUUGCAGGCUCUACAAGGAGAACCCCUCACUGUGUACGGCACCGGAUCACAAACGAGAGCCUUUCAGUAUGUCAGUGAUCUGGUGAAUGGCCUGGUGUUGUUGAUGAACAGUAACAUCAGCAGUCCAGUCAAUCUGGGGAACCCAGAGGAGCACACCAUAUUGGAGUUUGCUCGUCUCAUCAAAAGUCUUGUUGUAAGCCGUAGCCAGAUCCAGUUCCUACCAGAGGCCCAGGAUGACCCACAGAGGCGAAGACCUGACAUCCGCAAAGCGAAGAUGAUGUUGGGCUGGGAGCCUGUGGUGCCCCUGGAGGAAGGCCUGAACAAAACCAUCCAGUACUUCAGUAGGGAGCUGGAGCACCAAGCUAAUAAUCAGUACAUCCCCAAACCCAAAGCUGCCCGCAUGAAGAAAGGGCGUCCGAGACACAACUGAGGCCAGGGUUUCCAUCACAAACACUCCUGCAACACUGAAGGAUGCUUAGGCUCCUCAGAGGACCCUUGAAGAGCAACUCUCGGAUUGACGCUGUUCAGUAGUGCACUCUGGGAAAUUCGAGAAGCUGAAAUAAUUUUUUUUUCAGUCUUUUCGAAAAGCUGUUGUCUUCCGUUGGUGCUGCAGUUGCACUUUCUCCACAGGAAUCUGCAGGAUAAAGGCCUGGCAGAUGGGCACGCCUGAAUCUAAGAGUAAUGGAAAUGAAAGACAAGAAAUGUCCGACCCAGCCCAUUUUUGGGUUUCUUUUUUUUUUUUUUGGUGAAUUUGUGCUUGUGCUAUUUAAGAUGCUGAUUUAUGAAAUGUGUUAACUGCUCACACUGCGUGUCAGUGUGUUUGUUUUGAUUAUUUUAUCAGUUUCAUGGUGUUGUGUCUCCGGAGAUGGACUCCCUGAGCAUGGCUGCAGAGGAUUGGUUUUGCCACAGGAUGUUUUGUCCUCUAUUUAUCGUGGCUGCCGACAACCUGUUGGCUGCCCGUGUGAUGCAGAGCACUGUAGGAUUGGGCAGAUCUCACAUCUUCUAGUAAGACUGUUACUGCGUCAUUACAUGUGUUUCCAGAGGUCAUUGUGUUCUCCUUUGUGAACUCUCUAAUGCCAAGACAUGAAUCUUGUAUUAUCAAUUUCAGGUGAAGAUGCUAUUUUAAUAAAACAUUUCCAAUAUUUUU